CAGAACUGUUACCUGUUCUGCAAAAUUUGUGCAGAAGAUCGGAAGCUGUGAAUUCUCUGCGUUGGCCUCGCAGAUCUCUAACGUGUUCAUGCACUAAUGGAGUACAGAAGGAUCAAAGAUCAGGAUAAAGAUGACAAUGGAGAUGGCAGUGGGGCUGGUGUCGCUGCGGCAGAUGACAUAGAGAGCUUGCGCAGCGGGAAAGCAAUUUCAGGUGCGAGUAAUGUAGCAAAAUUGGGAGGAAGUUCUUUUGAUCGAUCCAAGUGGCAGCAAAAGUCCAUAGUUACAUUGGCAUUAACAAUUCUUACUAGUUCACAAGCAAUACUCAUUGUGUGGUCCAAAAGAGCCGGCAAAUAUGAGUAUAGUGUUACGACUGCAAACUUUAUGGUGGAGGCUUUAAAGUGUGCAUUAUCACUUGCGGCUUUGAGUCGAAUCUGGAGAAGUGAAGGUGUGACUGAAGAUAACAGGUUGAGCACAACGUAUGAAGAGGUUAUUGUCUACCCUAUUCCUGCAGCACUUUACCUUGUCAAGAAUUUGCUCCAGUAUUACAUUUUUGCUUAUGUGGAUGCACCGGGUUAUCAGAUAUUGAAGAACUUUAAUAUCAUCAGCACUGGCGUUUUGUACAGAAUUAUACUUAAGAAAAAGUUAAGUGAGAUUCAGUGGGCAGCAUUUAUUCUACUUUGUGCUGGGUGCACUACUGCACAGCUGAACUCAAACUCUGAUCGUGUUCUUCAGACACCUUUUCAAGGUUGGCUGAUGGCUAUAAUAAUGGCACUCUUGAGUGGAUUCGCUGGAGUGUACACUGAGGCUAUAAUUAAGAAACGUCCUUCAAGGAAUGUAAAUGUUCAAAACUUCUGGUUAUACGUGUUUGGGAUGGCGUUCAAUGCUAUUGCCAUGCUGAUUCAAGAUUUUGACGCAAUCGCGAAUAAGGGAUUCUUCCAUGGUUACUCAUUUAUUACGGUUCUCAUGAUUCUGAAUCAUGCACUCAGUGGCAUUGCUGUAUCAAUGGUGUUGAAGUAUGCAGAUAAUAUUGUGAAGGUUUAUUCUACUUCAGUGGCAAUGCUUCUCACUGCUGUUGUUUCUGUUUUCCUGUUUCGGUUUCAUCUUUCCCUCGCCUUUUUCCUCGGAUCAACCGUCGUAUCGGUUGCGGUCUAUCUACAUUCAAUUGGGAAGCUGCAAAGGUAAUGAAAACUUUCAAUGGUAAUUGAAACAAUGGCGGUCGAUUUUAUAUCAGUGUAUAUGGGGUAAUUCCUCGUGCCCUUUUUGCCCCUUCACUUUGCCCCAUUAUAUGUUCCAACUGGUUACAUGAGAAAAUAUGAAUUCCAGCUACAAGUUAGAUAACAGAUUACUGGCGUAUACAUAAUAGGUUUUUUAUUACCCGAAAUGCAAGAUUCAGCCUCAAGUAUUGUUAGCAACACUGAGGGGAAUUUGAGCUGCUUGCUUAAUUUUCCUGCUUUAUAGGUGGCAUGAUGCCAUAAUUUUUACCAAGAAGCUUGCAAGAGCUAACUUGGAACUACAGAGUUAUUUUAGAUUCGGUUGGAGACUAAAAAGGAAGAAAAAGAAGAAAUGUUAGGAUGAGCUCGACUGUUCAUACUUCGUAAUGGCCAACAUGAGCAUAGUUCAACGGUUAAGACUUGUUAUUCCUUUUCUAGGGGUUGGAGCUUACCUUGGUAUACUCAACAAAAGAGAAAAAAAAAGUUUACCUACAAAUGUUCCAAUGUGGUUUCAUUUAAUAAUUACUUAGAGGGGAGAGGGAUUUGGAUUUAUGUUACCAAACUUUAGAUCUGAAAAUCUCCAUUAAAUUCUGAAAUCCCGUCUGGUCAUUUUUUUUCCUUCUUCUUCUUCUUCUUCUUUUGGGUUGUAAUUAACACAAUGUAUUUGGUGUAUUUUAAAGAUAAAAUAGUAUAAAUAAUAAAUUUGACUAUA